UCUAUAAGUUGUUAAUAAUUUAACAUAUUACAGUAUAAAAUUUAUAAAAACAAAGCAAUAUACAGUACCACGAUGUAUAAACUCUACACUUGGACGAGUGCCGGUUUGCUAUGUUUGCCUGCUGCGUGAAAAUUUAAAUAUUUGUACAAUUUUGUUGUAUCGUCAUCACAUGAACGAAAACAACGUAACUCAGUAGGGUUCGUUUAAAAAGUCGUCUCUAACCACACACUCAUACACUAUACUGGAGUUUUCUCUGAGAUAAAAUGGAGUGAUUGUGUGUUUAAUUGAAAAGUACUGAACAGGAUUCAUAUCCAGGAUAAUAAAGGUGUCUGAUUGAUGAGUCGUUCAUGGACGAUUCGUUCCUUUUGAACGAGUCUUUGACAUAUGACUCAGAAGAACGAGUCGUCUCAAAGAGUGAGUCGUUUAUUUUCUAAUGGACGCUCAUGAGCGAAGCUUCGCAAAAUCUCUGUAGGUUAUGUACAGAAUUACAUUAGAAUUCGACUCUCGACUCCCGAUCUAGUCUAGUUCUACUAAGUCAUCUUUCUGAUCAAAAUGAACUAAAAGACACAAACAAAGAUUCGUUCGUUUUGAUGAACCGUUUGAACCGUUUGAAGAACCGAGUCAUUAAAAUGUUCCGAUUUUCCCAUCACAAAGAUAAUUAGAUUGAAUUAGUUAUCAGCUUUUUCAGAGUAGUAGAGGAAAAGUGAUCAAAUAUAAAAACAAUGAUAAAAAUAGUCAUUAAUGUUUUGUUUUUUUUACAUUAAUUUCUAUUCACACCAUUGUUCGAAGUUGCCACUAUGUAUUCCAGUCCAUCCCUGUAGGGGGCAGUAAAGCACCUUAAGCGUCGGUGGGAGAAGAAGAACUCACGCUUUCUUUCUUCUCUCUCUCUCUCUCUCUCUCUCUCUCUCUCUCACACACACAGCAGGAAAAUGGCAGAAUCCAGUAUUUCGAUAGAUCAAUUAUCAGCUGAUCAGUUCAUCUGUCCAGUGUGUCUGGAGCUCCUGAAGGAUCCUGUAACUACACCAUGUGGUCACAGCUUCUGUAAGGUGUGUAUUAACGGCUUCUGGGAUGAAGAAGAUCAGAAGAAGGUCUACAGCUGCCCCCAGUGUAGAGAAACUUUCACUCCAAGGCCUGUUCUACGCAGGAACAACAUGCUGGCUGAAGUGGUGGAGAAACUGAGGAAGACUGAACUCCAAGCUGCUUCUCCUGCUCAGUGGAACACAGGAUCUGGAGAUGUGGACUGUGAUUCCUGCAUUGGGAGAAAACACAAAGCCGUCAAGACCUGUCUGGUGUGUCUGGCCUCCUUUUGUGAAGAUCAUCUUAAACCUCACUAUCAGUCUCAGGCUUUUAAGAAGCACAAGUUAGUGGAAGCCUGUGUAGAUCUUCAAGAGAAGAUCUGCUCUCAGCACGACAAACUGAUCGAGAUCUACUGCCGUACUGACCAAAGCUUCAUCUGUUACUUGUGUACUUUGGAUAAACACAGAGGUCAUGAUACAGUUUCAACAAACGUGGAAAGAACUGAAAAACAGAAUAAUGAGCUGAAGGAUGAGAAGAUGAAAUCCCAGCAGAAGAUCCAGGAGACGCAGAAGAAGGUGCAGGAGUUAAAACAGACUGUUGAUAUUAUAAAGAGACGUUCCCAAGCAGCAGUAGAUGAUAACGAGAAGAUCUUCAAUGAGCUGAUCCGUUCCAUGGAGAAAAAGCAACAGGAGGUGACGGAGCUGAUCAGAGCUCGAGAGAAAGCUGAACUAAGUCAAGCUGACAAACUUCUGAAACAUCUGGAGAAGGAGAUCGCUGGUCUGAAGAGGAGAAUCAAUGAGCUGGAGCAGCUUUCACACACACCUGAUCACAUCCACUUCCUCCAGAGUUUCUCAUCUCUCUGUGCUUCUCCCGGACUUGACGACUCGCCCGGCUUCACCGUCAACGAACGGCUCUCGUUUGACGGCGUGAAAAAAUGUCUCACGGAUCUGAAAAAACGAGUCGAGAAAAUCUGUCAGGAAGAAUUCAACAAAUUCCGUUCACAAGCAGUUCACCUUCAGCUGCUGAUGAUUUCACUUUCAGAACCGAAGAGCAGAGAAGAAUUUCUGCAAUAUUACUGUCAUCUGACUCUGGAUCCAAACACGGCUCAUCGGCAGCUCGUCCUGUCUGAGAAGAACAGAACCCUGACGUUCAGCCGCACCCGUCAGCAGUACCCUGAUCACCCGGGCAGGUUCGAUCUCAGGCCUCAGGUGUUGAGUACGGAGAGCGUAUGUGGACGAGCUUACUGGGAGGUGACGUGGACCAGUGACGUCGGCGUGUCCCUGUCAGUCGCGUAUAAAGAGAUCAGCCGCAAAGGCCAGUUUAACGAGUGUGAAUUCGGAUACAACCCUCAGUCCUGGACUCUGGGCUGUUUCUUUCAUUCUUUUUUUUUCCAGCACAACGAAAUCAAAACGGAGCUCGAGGAUUCUGUAGCCUUCACUGUAGGAGUGUACGUGGAUCACAGUGCAGGAAUCCUGUCCUUCUACGGCGCCGGGGAGCCCAUGAGGCUCCUGCACAGAGUUUACACCACCUUCACGCGACCUCUGCACGCCGGCUUCAAGGUCGUUCAUUUGGACUCGGUUAUAAGUUUAUGUGAUCCAAAGGAGUUCAGCCUUUAAUACACAAUAUGGACAAAAGUCUUGGGACACCUGACCUUUUCUGCAAGUUGUGGUUCUUCUUCAAACCGUUACCACAAAGCUGGAGGUACAUAAUUGUACAGGACGUCUCGUUCAAUUGAACUUGGAAACCCAAACCUUUUCCAGCAGUGCACAAAGCGAGCUCAGAUUAGGAUAUGUUUUUUAAAGUGUGGAGAGGAAGAUCUCCUGCUGAAGAGCACUUCCGAACGCCUUUAGGAUGAAUGUGAACGUUGACUGCACCCAGGCCUCUUCACCUUCUCACCUACAUCGGUACCUGACUUCACUAACACCCUUGUAGCUGAUGAACACAAAUGUCCACAAGCACACUCCAAAAUCUAGAGGAAACAUCUUCCUAGAAGAGUGGAGGGAAUUGUGUGGAAUGUGAUGCUUAAAAAGCACAUACUAUCCUAAUGACCAGGAGGUACCAACGAUCUCUGGAUUUCCCCACUUUGUCUGUAUGAUGAAAUGUCUGUGGACACCUGGCCAUCAUGAUCUUAUGAGCUUGUUGAACAUCUCAGCCCAGAUUUCAAAUCAUUUCAUUUCUUUAGCGAUUUUUACAAUACACCCUGUCUCUUGAUGAGCAAGCUUUACAUGGUAUGAUGAAGAAACCUUGAGAGGAACCAGACUCAAAAAAGAGGAACCACAUCCUCAUUUGUGUGACACCAAGAGUGUGAUUUACAAAUCGUUAAAAACAUUACAAACACCGGAAGUUGAGAAAUCUCCUGGGGUCCGGCGUCUUCUCUUUGAAGGUCCACAAUCUUUGAAUGUUCCUUAGGGUUAAAGAGCGGUCCAACUUUAACUCGCUAAGCCCUCAUGGAGCUCGCUUUGUUCAUCGUCAUGCUGGAAGGUGUCUCAAAUCCCGUAAAGGAAAACUGAAUAAGAUAUGGACUUUGUGGGAACACUUCAGAGAAGAUGAUGGUGUGAUGGUCAGGUGUCCACAUACUUUUGGGUGGAGACUCCUUUUAUAAAUGUUGACUACAUUUCCAUACACUUUCUAACUCAAACUUUUUGGACUGUGUUUGAAUCCGUUUGUGUGUGAAAAAGAAUAAAAAUAAAAGAAUUAGCAGAUGAAA